AUGUCUUCUAACGGUCUUCCCGAGGUGUUGAUGAAGAAGGUUGAUGAUUACGUCGACUCACUCGCCCCUCAGAUACAGCCCCGCAUCGCGUCUGAGCUCGAGCUGUUCCAACAAAAGACCAUCGAUAGUCUCGAAACGCAGGUUAUUGAUGCCUUCCGCUCACUCUUCAACAAGGACAAGCCACUCUCGUCGGAUGGCACCCGAGGUCCUUGGAACCAGAACAACUCCGCACCAGACGCGUACGGGGGCCAAUCUCUGCCCUUCGCUGACGAGAUUGCCAAGUUGACGCGUAGCUUCAGCCAAAUCUCGGAAGAAGCAAGUGGGGAUUUACAGGAUAUCUUCAACCUCACUCAAGGGCGUGACGGAGAAAAUCAAACUCAGUCCCGCAGCCUCAGAGAUGAUGACGGCGACUUCUCUGGCAAAGCUCGUGGUUUUCUCUCCUCAGCCCUCAAUGCUGUGCAGGACAAUCUUGACAACAAACAAGGCUCGGGCGGUCAGAACUUUCAGAUCGGAGGGCUUCUUGGGGUGAUCAGCAGCACCAUCAAGGACGCAUCUGCGAACCCUGAAGAGAAGGCACGACUCAUCAGCCCUGAGAUCAAGCAGACCGUGGGCGACAAGCUGCGCACAAAGCAUGCGUCCAUCGCAGAGCAAUUCACACGUAUUGCUCUAGACCACAUAAAGCGCUGGCUUCGUGGAAACACGAGUACCCGUGACCUUGGCGAUGGCGCUAAGGCAGAGAUUGUCGACCAAGUUGGUGAUCUGGUCAAGGGUCUCGGUAGCUUGUUUGGCAAGAAGUCCAACAACGAAGGCUCGGCCAGAGGUUUUGAAGAAUCUACCCGUAAUGGUGAAGAGUCGGGCGGUGGUGGCUUCUCGAGGGUUAUCAGUGACAAACUCUCCACUGGCCUUGCAAAGGUUCACAGAGAGGUUCGUUUGGAGUUCCGCAAGGUCCUUGGUGAGAUCGAGAAGCAGCUUUUUGAGCUGUUGCCUGAUCAAUUUCAGCGUCCACUCGAGAGGAUCCUUGGCGGAAACCCAUUCGAUUCCCAGCUGGAUCGUGACGUAUCUGGCCCAGCAGACCGUGGGUUUGGAGACGACAUCAAAGCCAAACUCCUUAGCAAGGUCCGCGCACUUAUACAGAAGGUCCAAGAGACACUGCGAGAGAGCAUCCUAGGUGUCGUCAACGGUGGCCAUCGCAAAUUUGAGCGCGAAAGCUGGGUCUUCGUCCAGAACAUGGUCGAGCAGAAGGUACAGAGGUAUCUGCCUGACGUAAAGAUCAACGUGCCCGAUGAUAUUGGCAACGAAAACGUUAGUGUAGGAGAACCUACUUCAAACACACAUAUGGGUGGAGGAUACCAAGCAUCGGCUCCCCAAGGUGACCUCGGUCCAGAACCUCCACGCGACAGCUACAACGAGCCGGGCCAUGGACAACAGGCAUACAAUGAACCGAUGCGACAGGUGAACCACCAGCAGUAUCACGGUGAGCCCAACCGACAAUAUGAAGACUACCAGUCUCAGCAGUACCCUCCACAAGGCUACCAAAAUCAACAAUAUCCACCGCCGCAGGAAUACCCGCAGCAAGGCUACCCCCCGCAGAAUUAUGAACAUCGAUACUAA